UUUCGGUUAUAUCUCUGAAAUAAGGUCUGUGGUUACUAGGCAUGUAAAUCCCAAGUUUUAGCAUGAAACGAUAUUGUAUUUAUUAUGUUUACGAUCUGACGUUAUUCCAGGUAAGCCUUCAAAAAAAAAAAAAAAAAAAACAUCUUUACAACAUGAUGUGAAUAUGUGCUCUUUGAAUGGCUGUUUUUAUUGAAAUAUUGGACUUCCAGGGGGGUCUAAAUGAUAAACUACUUCUUAAUGUGAGAUGGCGGUUCUGUAACUUUUUGAUGGGAUCAAAAUUCUUUAUGAUGCUUUUAUGAUGAUUUUCCCACACUUUUCCAUUCCAUUUGUUGUAUUUUUCCACACAAGUAAUUGUACAUAUUUUUUGCAUUAUUCUACAUCCUUUUUUUGUUACUCUAGGACAGCCUAGAAGAGCUCCAGUGAACCUUUGUAUUUUAUUUAUAUUGUUAUGCUGUUUCUAUUGUGAGCAUGCAUGUUUUGAUUGAUGUAUGAAUUUAUGAUUCGGUCUAGAUGUGCGUGACAGUACUUUGAGUGAUAUUUGUCAAAUAUGGGUUCAAAAUACAUGUCAGGAGAUAUACUUUAAUAGCAAUAAGAACAGACAGCAUAAAAUCGGAAAGCACGCAUUAUCUUACCGCCCACAUGCCAGCAGGAAAUCAGCAAACAUGAUUGGUUGGAGCUGAAGAAAAUUGCAAACACCCAAACUGGAAUUCUGAUUAGAGAGAGAGAGAGAGAGAGAGAGAGAGAGAGAGAGAGAGAGAGAGAGAGAUCCAUCAGAUGAGUUUACUCCUCAGAAUCCAGCACAGCAGAGAGGUAAGUUCAUACACUGAUGUUGAUCUAAGUAACAUUACUGUGUGAGGUAGACAACUUUUAACAUCACCUGAGUAUUUCCGUGUUGCACUACAGUUACUUUAUUCUGAAACUCCACCAACGUUAAGUAGGCUAAAGUCAAAGUUUUUUACUUUGAUUUUUUAUGACAGCUAUAGUUUUCAAUAUUACUUUCAAAUCAAGAUGUUAAAAAUAUAUGAAAAGAAUAUAAAACUGUUUAACAGUAAAUUAAUAUACCCAGCAGGAUUAAUAUAUGACUGACAGGUGGACGGCAGGUGUACUUGGGUGAACAUUCCUUCCUUUCUUCUGUCUCCAGCCCCAUGAAACUUGUGAACUCCAGGUUCUUACCUCUGUGUCUAGCUGUAUACCAUCUUAACGGGCUGUGUAACAAGUAUGACAUAUGCAUUUACAAAGCUGAAGACCCAUCAUGCUGGUUUUACAAGAAAUGUCAGGUAUGGGGUUAUCUGAAAAUCUUCCUUCCAAAAGAAUUGCACCAUGGCUAGCCUGGGAAGGGCUAAGUUUACUUUGGCAUUCCAACUGAGAGCUGCAACAUGUUUAGAGAGCAAUGUAUGAGACAACAGCUUAUUCCAUAGGCACAUCCUUAAAAUCCUUUUGGAGAAGUCUGAACAGUUAGAGAGGACAAAUUGAUAGACUGGUUCUCUAUAACCCUCACCUUCACUGGGCUAGUUAGUUUGCAUUAUGGAUGCACAUCUGCCAUUGCGCAACCAAAACAGGAAGAGGCAUUGUUUUUACCUGGUCGUAUCCCCAGGUAACAGUGGAGCAACUGAAAUAACUGCAGAAAAUCACAGAGCAUAGGAGAAAACCCAGCUGAUGGAGGAAGCAAAGAAAGUGAAGAGGCAGGCGUUCACUCAGUGGAGAGCAACAGUCUUGUGUCAAAGUCUGUUCCCUUGCUUGUUGUGGAAUUUCGUCUCACUUAACCUUUCAGGAGAGAUGAAGUUUAUAGAACAUGGCCAUGAAGGAGCAACAUAACAUCACGUCUGUCUGCACAGUGUUGCCUUGAUAAUCCUAACAAGUCUUCCCAAGUGUCCAAAUUAUAUAUUGCAGUUUCACGAGCAGUGCUUCGAUUCAUGGUUAUCUGUUAAAUAACAUAGAAAAGGGGGUGAUGCAGAAUCAAUGCAAAUAAUGUAGCUGAGGAGGGAUCUCAAAAACUAAUUUUACUGAAAAGAUACAGCAUGUAGAUAAAAAGCUAUAAUUCACACUAUGGGUAAAAUUUAGCUUAAUGGUUGUGUUAAAGCCACUAGUAUAAAAAAAAGGCUGUGGCAGAUGCCAAUGAAUGCCACUCGUACUUUUUCUUAUCUCACUAUAAGCUAAGGGAGGAAAUCAGGCAAGACUUUCACUCCCAUAGGUAAAAGUUGGUCACGUGUUUUUUUCCACUUCCCAGUUGGUAUAAUUUGUUGACUGAAAUAUGUUCCUGCUUGUCUGAACAUGAAAUAAAUACAGUGAAGCAGUCAGUGCACGAUGAGCCUCAAUGUCCCAGGACUGGUGUCGAUGGUGUUCUUCUACCUGCUGGUGCUUGGCACCGGCAUCUGGGCCUCCAUGAAGACCAAGCAGAUGAGGAAGAGCAGCCAGGCAGACCAGACGGAGGUCAGUCUGCUGGGCAACAGAGGGAUCAGCCUUGCAGUGGGAGUCUUCACCAUGACAGCUACAUGGGUUGGAGGGGGCUUCAUCGUUGGUGUGACAGAGAUGGUGUACAAUCCAACCAUGGGACUGACCUGGGCUGUUAUGCCAUUAUGCAGCGCUCUUUCUUUAGUGGCUGGUGGGCUCUUCUUUGCCAAGAGAAUGAGAGACAGAAAAUAUGUGACGAUGAUGGACCCCUUCCAGAUUAAAUAUGGAAAUCUGAUAAGUGGAGUUCUGUCUGUGGCGCUGCUGAUAUCUGACAUGCUCUGGGUUACAGGCACUCUUAUUGGUUUAGGUGCAACUAUGAGUGUGAUCCUGGAUCUGCCCUACACUCUUUGUAUUUGGAUCUCUGCUGCUGUAGCCAUCGUCUACACGCUGAUGGGAGGCCUCUACUCUGUGGCCUACACAGAUGUCAUACAGCUGACCCUCAUAUUCGUUAGUUUGUGGUUAUGUGUCCCCUUCAUCCUGAUGUACCAACACUCAGCUGACAUCACCAAGACCGCUUUCAACUUCACCUACCAGGCCCCCUGGAUUGGUUCAGUGGAUGGAGACACAGUGUGGAGGUGGAUUGAUAAUUUUUUGUUAUUGUCUCUAGGAAAUCUGGGAUAUCAGACCUUCCACCAGAGGAUUCUGUCAGCCUCCUCGGCAUUCACAGCCAGGAUCACCUGCUUCAUUGCAGCUCCCCUCCUCCUCGUAUUCGGAAUCCCAUCUGUCCUGAUUGGAGCCGUUGCAGCAUCAACAGAUUGGAACAUGACCACGUAUGGAUCCCCGUCCCCGUACGAGCGAGGUGAAGCCAGUCAGAUUCUGCCCAUUGCUCUGCAGCACUUCGCACCAAACUACGUCUCCAUCAUCGGUAUCGGAGCAAUAGCUGCUGCAGUGAUGUCAUCUACGGACUCUGCUUUAUUGUCCUCCGCCUCCAUCUUCACAUCCAACAUCUAUAAGAACAUCCUGAGGACCAAGGCAUCAGAUCGAGAGCUCCAGUGGGUGAUCCGAGUCACCGUGGUGUUGGUGGGCUUGGCUGGCACAUCACUCACCUUCUUACAGAACAGCGUCAUGGUUUUCUGGAUCCUGGGCUCAGACAUAACCUACACCAUCAUGUUCCCUCAACUCGUCUGCGUCCUCUUCUGUAACGUCUCCAAUGGCUACGGCUCCAUCAUGGGCUUGUUGGCUGGACUGCUGAUGAGAGUGCUGAGUGGAGAGCCAUCGAUAGGGUUGCCAGUCAUUCUCCACUUCCCAGGUUGCACACUUGAGGAUGGUGUAUAUGUCCAGCGCUCUCCUGUGAGGACAAUCUGCAUGUUGUCCAACCUGGUUGCCACUUUGAUGUUCUCCUACCUGGCUUCACUGCUCUUCAAUAAAGGAGUGAUUCCUGAGAGGUGGGACGUAUAUAAAGUGAAAACCCAAAAACCGACAUCCAACUCAGUACCAUUAAGAGACAAGGAGAAACCUGAAGUUCAGAAUGACACUGAAGUCAUGUUGGUCACAAAUCUGCAAGACUGAAAAAGAAAUGGUUCAGUGAGAUGUCUCGUGGGGAGCUUCAUUAUCAUGUCUCUAUUUUUGUGUGCUGUGUGCUGAUAAGAAUAUUAAACGCCAAGUGAAUCAUCA